UUCAUGAGAAUCUUAUCAGAAAUCAGAGAAGUUGAAAAGCUUAUGAGAGCCUGAGGAUGUGCUAAGAUCAGAUUGGUUUCAAGUUAAAAAGUCUUAUUCUUGCUACCAAUCACCUUCUCAAGCUUUCAUUGGGCUUUAGCUUGUCUAGUUGAGAGAAAUCAAUGUAAAGCUAGGGUACUUUUGUUGUUGUUCUAGUUUCAAUCCCUUAGGGUAGAAUGCAUAAACCAUAUGAAGAAUUAUUUAAUGGAGUGGCAGUCGUCGCUAAGUGGUGCACUGCUUCUCACUGAUCUUUCGAGUCAUCAUUUAGUGUAGCCUAAGUGCAGGUAAUUGAAAAUCAAUGCUUGGCGUGCCUUCUAAUGACACCAGUACUUCCACUGGAGAAUGAUUUGAUAAAGAUUUCUAAAAUAUCUAUGGUGCCUUCUCUUUUUAUUUAUUGGCUUGGUUAAAGUUCAUUUGCAUGCUUAUUUGGUAUGAGAUCCUCGGCAUAUUCUGUGCAUUCUUUUUAGCACAUGCUUGAGUUUGUUUAUAAAAUGAAUAUUGAACUUUGCUCCUCACAUCUUCAACUAAAAAUUUUAAUUAGGGUUAUAUCUGAAAAGGAAGAAAAAGUUGUUGGAACUAGGGAUCACAUUAUUAUAGUAUGUACCUGCUUCAAUAAUCCUCUCUAUUGUCCCUCUGGUUACUGAUGAACAUCUGAUCACAUUAAAAUGAAGAACCAAGCAGAAGCGAUGUUAGAAUUGAUUUCUGUCAGCCAUUGGAUUAUGUUCUGAUGUAUUGGUAUGUGAAUCUGAUCUUCCUGUAGGCUUAUCCCCAUUGCUUCAACCUUCAGAAAGUUGAUUUUAGAUCCAUGGGGCACUAGAUCAACAAGGCUGAUUCAUUGACUUUCGGUUUGUCAGUUACUGUGAUGCAAAGAAACACUUUAGUUUCAGCAUUUUGGCACGAAUUGAUUAAGUAGGCCACCCCCAAAGUAGUAAAGUUGUCAGGUGUGAGCUCCAUUGAUGUCCCCUGAUUUUUAUGACAAUAUAUCAUGCUGUGUGGAUAAAAUCUUGAAUGGAUAAGAACUAUAUCUCUGACACACAGGGGUCCUGACUGAACAAUCUGAUCUAUCGACUCUGGAUCACGUUGUAUGUCUGAAUGAUUCUGGAUUCUGGACUCUGUACUUACCUCUGUGUGACUCACUCUCUGAGAGUGUCUAAGUUUUUGAAUAGAAUGAUCCAAAACUAUCAGUAGCCCUGUCCACUGGAGGGUUAUGCCCCAGCAAUGAGCCACAUUCCUUUUGGUAGUGCUUUUAGGAGUCCUUUCUUUCGGGUUUUGUAUUGAUAUCUAGUGACAUUUUCUUAAUUAUCAGAAAAGAUAAUACAAAAGUUGGAAGACAAGUAGAUGAUGCCAUCAGCCACUUUUUUCUGCUAAGUGAUCUCAUGGGGUACAAUUUACCUCCAUAUUGCUUUAGUUUCAAACAUGGCCACUAGGUUUAAACAACCUUAGUGGCACUGGCACGAUGCCACUCUAUGAAACUAACCAAUGAACUUGCUUCCAUCCUCUUUGUUUUUGCCUAUAAAUCACUACAAAGCUCCAUACCAAAUCUCAGUCAGCAACACUACACAAAACACCUUCCUCAUACUCACCAACUAUGGGCCACAGAGUGCACUUUUCCUACUUCAUUAUUCCCUUCUUGUGUCUAUUCUCAUUUUUGGUUCCUUCUGCUUAUAGCCAGUUUCUCGAUUACAAGUUCUAUGAUAGAUCAUGCCCUGACUUGCCAGUGAUAGUCGUGCGUAAUGUUUGGGAAGCUUACUGGAAGGAAUCCAGAGUUGCUGCAACCCUCCUUCGGUUGCACUUCCAUGACUGUAUAGUAAAUGGCUGUGACGCCUCUGUGCUUCUUGAUGACACUGAAGAUUUCAAAGGGGAAAAAAGCACGCCUGUCAACCGCAUGUUGCCCCUUGCAUUUGAAGUCAUUGACAAUAUAAAAGAAGAUGUUGAAAGUGCUUGCCCCUCAACUGUUUCAUGUGUUGAUAUACUGACUCUUGCAGCAAGAGAAGGUGUUAUUUUGUCAGGAGGACGUUACUGGAAUGUUCCAUUAGGGCGACGAGAUGGAACAACAUCCGAUCCAAAAGCAGUUGUACAGAUUCCUGCACCUUUUGAGCCUCUAGAAAACAUCACUGCCAAAUUCACUUCAAAGGGUCUUGACCUGAAGGAUGUUGUAGCACUCUCAGGAGCUCACACCAUAGGUUUUGCCCAAUGCUUCACCUUCAAGAGCAGGCUCUUCAACUUUCAAGGCACUGGCCAGCCUGAUCCUACCCUGGAUGCUUCUGUCCUCUCAGACUUGAGGAAAACUUGUCCCAACAAAGAUAGUGCAGACACCAACAUUGCUCCUCUUGAUUCUGUAAGCACUAACAGAUUUGACAAUGCCUAUUAUGGGAACCUUGUCCGCAACACCGGCCUUCUGAAAUCUGAUCAAGCCUUAAUGACCGAUCCAGACACUGCUGCUUUAGUGAACAGAUAUAGAACGAACCCACGUUAUUUCUUCCGUGAUUUUGUUACAUCCAUGGUCAAGCUGAGCUAUGUUGGGAUACUCACAGGGGAAAAAGGGCAAAUCAGGAAGGACUGUAGGUUUGUGAACUGAAUUAUGUAGACUCCCUGUGUGAAACUUCUGUGAUUUUCUUUUAAGGAUCCAAGUAGACCAUUCAUGCUUAAAUAAAAUGGUCUUUUUGUAUAUCUCCAUCCAACUUUGUAACUGAAGUCACUGGCAAGAAUAAUUCUGAAAGCUUUGUGAUGUAACAUGAUCAUUUUCUCCAAUCUGCAAAAUUGGUUGAACUAGAGCAUCACUUGAUCUCGGUUUUUGGUAUCGGUACUGCCUUCCUUAUGAUUGGAACACCAAUUUGUUUGCCUUGCUA